GAACUUACCACCAGGAUCACUGAGCUGCUGAUUGGAGAGGUUCCUAUAAGGUGUCAGGAUGUCGCUGUCUAUUUCUCUAUGGAGGAGUGGGAGUAUUUAGAAGAGCACAAGGAUCUGUACAAGGAUGUCAUGACGGAGAAUCACCAGCCCCUCACAUCACCGGAUGGAUCCAGUCAGAGAAAUCCACCAGAGAGAUGUCCCAGUCCUCCGUAUUCCCAGGACUGUCCAGAGGAGAAACCAAAUAUCGCACUGGAUCAUCAGGAAAGUUCUGAAGGAACGAUGAGUGGAUUCGAAGAACCCGUAUCAGUGUCUGUGAAUGGUAAGGACAUCUUUAAUGGACAUCUCCUUUUAUCCGAAGAAGUAAACAGUAUUGCACAAGUUAAUUCAGUGUCUCCUAAUACAGCCCAUCGCAGUAGAGAUCUAUCCACCAAUAACUCUGUUGACAAAAAAUCACAUCUUGUGGAACAUCAAAGAACCCACACAGGAGAGAAGCCAUUUUCAUGUCCUGAAUGUGGAAAGUAUUUUAGUCAGAAAUCAAAUCUUUGGGAACAUCAAAGAGUUCACACAGGGGAGAAGCCAUAUACAUGUUCUGAAUGUGGGAAAUGUUUUAGAAGGAAAUCAAUUCUUACAGAACAUCUAAGAACUCACACAGGAGAGAAGCCGUUUUCAUGUCCUGAAUGUGGAAAGUAUUUUACUCAGAAAUCAAGUCUUAGGGAACAUCAAAGAAUUCACACAGGGGAGAAAAAAUUUUCAUGUUCCAAAUGUGGUCAAUCUUUUAGCCAAAAAUCAAGUCUUGUUAUACAUCAUCUGAGAACUCACACAGGAGAGAUGCCGUUUUCAUGUCCUGAAUGCGGUAAAUGUUUUAGUCGAAAAUCAAAUCUUGUGGAUCAUCUCCGAAUCCACACAGGGGAGAAGCCAUUUUCAUGUUCAGAAUGUGGGAAAUGUUUCGUGCGGAAACCGGGUCUUGUUGAACAUCAGAGAAUGCACAGAGGAGAGAAGCCAUUUUCUUGUUCAGUGUGUGGGAGGUGUUUUAGUCGGAGAUCAUUUCUUGUGAGACAUCAGAGAAUCCACACAGGAGAGAAGCCGUUUUCAUGUUCAGAAUGUGGUAAAUGUUUUAGUCAGAAAUCAGGACUUGUUAAACAUCAUCUGAGAACACACAGAGGGGAGAAACCAUUUUCUUGUCCUGAAUGUGGGAAAUAUUUUGUUCAUAAAUCAUAUCUUGUGGAACAUCUACGGAUCCACACAGGAGAGAAGCCAUUUUCUUGUUCAGAAUGUGGGAAAUGUUUUUCCCAAAAAUCUGUUCUUGUUACGCAUAAGAGAACUCACACAGGGGAGAAGCCAUAUUCAUGUUCUGAAUGUGGGAAAUGUUUUAGUGGGAAAUCAAUUCUUACAGAACAUCUAAGAACUCACACAGGAGAGAAGCCGUUUUCAUGUUCAGAAUGUGGGAAAUGUUUUAGACAGAAAUCAGGACUUGUUAAACAUCGGAGAAGUCACAUAGAGGAAAUGUAAGAACAGGUUGGGUGCUUCAUUAUUAGACCUGCUGCCUAGGAUGCCUUCUGAUGAAUUACCUAACCUAUUUAGAACCUGUGCUGUAACAGGAUGGUGUUUUAAAGGAUUUAUCCUUUGAAUAGGUCUUCAAUAUCAGAUUGGUGGGUGCCCGCCACCAGGGACCCCUGGCGAUCAGCUUUUAAAAGAGGCCAUCACUUCAUGAGCGU